CGCCCGGCCAACAAAGAUCAAGAUCCAACGGCGUAGAUCUAUUCCCUCUCCUCUCCAAAGAAAAUAUAUUCAGAAUCUUCUUCCUUUCGAAAAGGAGGAGGCGAUCAGGAAUAGUAAAUUCAAAGGCCGUCCGGUUACUCUCAAUCUCCGUUCAAACGAUUCAUCUUCUCCGAUCAGAUCUGUGAAUUGGAAUCACGCGAUGGCUGCUCCUCCUGCUAGAGCUCGCGCUGAUUACGAUUACCUCGUAAAGCUUCUCUUGAUCGGAGACAGCGGUGUGGGUAAGAGUUGCCUCCUCUUACGUUUCUCAGACGGCUCCUUUACCACCAGCUUCAUUACAACCAUUGGGAUUGAUUUCAAGAUACGGACUAUUGAGCUGGAUGGGAAGAGAAUUAAGCUGCAAAUCUGGGACACUGCUGGACAGGAGCGCUUCAGGACUAUCACAACUGCAUACUACCGUGGAGCCAUGGGCAUUUUGCUUGUGUAUGAUGUCACCGAUGAAUCAUCUUUCAACAAUAUCAAGAAUUGGAUCCGUAACAUUGAGCAGCAUGCUUCUGAUAAUGUCAACAAGAUUCUAGUGGGGAACAAGGCUGAUAUGGAUGAAAGCAAACGAGCUGUUCCAACAUCUAAGGGCCAAGCUCUCGCAGAUGAAUACGGAAUCAAGUUUUUCGAGACUAGUGCCAAGACCAACUUAAACGUUGAGGAAGUUUUCUUUUCAAUUGCUAAAGACAUCAAGCAAAGACUUGCGGAUACCGAUGCCAGGGCUGAGCCACAAACAAUCAAAAUCAACCAAUCCGACCAAGGUGCAGCAGGGACAUCUCAAGCUACUCAGAAAUCAGCAUGUUGUGGUUCGUAAAAAACGUGUCCACGACGCCAUCAAAGGAGAGAAUCUAUGUGCUAUGGUGUUUUCUACAUAUUCUUUAUAACUCUUCAGACUUAGUACUCAUUGCAGGAAUCGAAAUAAUUUGUUUAAUGAAUUUGUGUAUACAUAGAUUACAUUAAAGAAUGAAGUAAUGUUUGACAAGAGAAAUUACAAAACCUAAGUGAUAUGCAGAAAGAAAAACUAGUUUACAAACUUCAAAUCAACCAAAUUCUUCCCAAACACAUAUACAAGAUCAUUCUCCAAUGGAGUUAGAUUCAAAUCCAAGCACUUGCUGCUAUUGCAUCGGUUCAAAAUCGGAUAAACCGAAGAAGAGAGAACCGGUUGAUCGGUUAUCAUGCUCGUUCUGUGCUUUCUCAUGUGCCCACCUAGAGCUUGACCUGACCCAAACAUUUGACCGCAGAAUGAACACUUAUGCGUAUCAUUUUCAUUGUUACGAUGCUUAACUUGUUCUUGGUCAACGUUCAACUUAGGUUUCUUGUGGCUAGCUCUAUGACCUCCUAGAGCUUGGAACGAAUCAAACUUUCGGUUACAUGUUUUGCAUUGGAAGUGGUUAUCGUUGGUUCUGCUUCCGGUUGAUUGCUUUACCUCUAUUUGCUUGACCACGAAACUCCGAGAUAACAUCAUGAGACCUUUUACUAUGUCUAUAUCUGUGAUGGAUUCUUCGUAAUCGGACCGGUCUCUCUUCAUGUUUUUACGGUUGAUUAUGUCUCGAGAAGAAAAAAGAGCAAUUGAGAGAAUGUACAAAUGAAUUAGGUUCUGGUUGGUUUACCUAUAGAAACAUGAGAAGAAAGCGC